AUACACAUUCUCCAAGAGAGAGAGCUUCAACAAUGGUGGAAGCUCAGUCAUGGACGACGCGGCGGAUGAGCAACCCUAGGUUCGACGCCUCCGCCGCCGCUGUUGCAGCCGCCGGAGUAACCGCCGCCUGCGUCGCCGUCGACAUACCCUCGACCCCGCCUCACUCUACCUCCUCCGGAAAAGGGUACUCCUCCUUCACUGCUGGCAUAUCUCCGGCGUUCCUAACGGCGGCGAUAAUCGCCGGGUGGUUCGGCUCCAACAUCGGCGUCCUCCUCCUGAAUAAGUACCUCCUCGCUUACUACGGAUUCAGGUACCCAAUAUUCCUCACGAUGAUCCAUAUGCUCUCAUGCUCCGGCUAUAGCUCUGCCGUGAUCAACCUCGCCGGAAUUGUGCCACGUCAGCACAUCCUAUCCCGCCGGCAAUUCAUGAAGAUUCUCGCCCUCUCCGCCAUCUUCUGCUUCUCCGUCGUGUGCGGGAACACGUCACUGAGAUACAUCCCUGUCUCCUUCAACCAAGCGAUCGGAGCAACGACGCCAUUUUUCACCGCCGUAUUCGCCUUCAUCAUCACCUGCAAGAAAGAAUCCAGCGAAGUGUACUUAGCUCUCCUCCCCGUCGUUUUAGGGAUUGUGUUGGCUUCGAACAGCGAACCCAGUUUCCAUCUCUUCGGAUUCCUCGUAUGUGUCGGAUCCACGGCCGGGAGAGCUCUGAAAUCAGUGGUUCAGGGGAUUCUCUUAACAUCUGAAUCUGAGAAGCUUCACUCGAUGAAUCUCCUCCUCUACAUGGCUCCAAUGGCGGCCUGUAUUCUGUUGCCUUUCUCUCUCUACAUCGAGGGCAAUGUCCUCAGGGUUCUGAUCGAGAAGGCUCAGACAGAUCCGUUCAUCGUCGCCUUGCUUGUCGGAAACGCGACAGUGGCGUAUCUGGUGAAUCUGACGAAUUUCUUAGUGACGAAGCACACGAGCGCUCUGACAUUGCAGGUGCUCGGCAACGGAAAGGCGGCGGUGGCGGCCGGAGUGUCGGUGAUGAUUUUCCGGAAUCCGGUGACGGCGAUGGGAGUCACCGGCUUCGCCGUCACGGUCAUGGGAGUGGUUCUCUACAGCGAAGCUAAGAAGAGGUCCAAAUUGGCUAACCACAAGUGAGGAAUGAGGAGAAGAUUGGUUUAAACCGGUUAAGUGAUUCUUCUUAUUCUUUGUAAUUUUACGGUUAUUUUCGGUUCCAUUGAAUUGGGAGAGAACGGUUUACAAAGGUGGUUUCCAAUUGUAUAAUAUUGUGGUGAGAUUGGGUGGAAAAUAUAGUAUACUUUCUUUGCGCAAUUGGUGAUGUCAUCAGUUGUUUUGUUAAGCGGAUUCGUAAAAAAUUUGAACUUUGUUUA